AUGGCCAGAAGACCUGCUAGAUGUUACCGUUACCAAAAGAACAAGCCUUACCCAAAGUCUAGGUACAACAGAGCCGUCCCAGACUCCAAGAUCAGAAUCUACGAUUUGGGUAAGAAGAAGGCGACCGUCGAUGAGUUCCCUCUGUGUGUCCACUUGGUCUCCAACGAACUGGAACAAUUGUCCUCCGAGGCUCUUGAGGCUGCCCGUAUCUGUGCCAACAAGUACAUGAGUACCGUUUCCGGUAGAGACGCCUUCCACUUGAGAGUGCGUGUUCACCCAUUCCACGUCUUGAGAAUCAACAAGAUGUUGUCCUGUGCCGGUGCCGAUAGACUGCAACAAGGUAUGAGAGGUGCCUGGGGUAAGCCCCACGGUCUAGCUGCCCGUGUUGCCAUCGGUCAGAUUAUCUUCUCUGUCAGAACCAAGGACAACAACAAGGCCGUCGUCAUCGAAGGUCUAAGAAGAGCCAGAUACAAGUUCCCAGGUCAACAGAAGAUCAUUAUCUCCAAGAAGUGGGGGUUCACCAACUUGGACAGAGCAGAGUACGUCAAGAAGAGAGACGCCGGUGAGGUCAAGGACGACGGUGCCUUCGUCAAGUUCUUGUCCAAGAAGGGUCCAUUGGAAGACAACGUCAGAGAAUUCCCAGACUACUUCACCAGAGCUUAA